GCACGCACGCACGCACGCGGAGCCAGCUCGUGAUGGGCAUUCGGAGUCUUUUCGGUGAGCAUGCUGGCCCAUUUGGCUCCGCUCACGUAAAAAAAAGCCGGCUAAUUUGGCUCCCAAACGGCUCUUUGUUCAACAUGCUUAAAACUUGAACUAGAACCAUGAGAAAUCGCAAAUCUACAAUGUAAAGCCCAAAAGGUAAGAUACCAUUAUCGCAGAUCGUGAAAUGCGCGUUCAAAUAUAUUUUUACCUGGCCAAAUGAUUCGUUUUUGCGUGGACCAGAUUCAUGCGCUUUCCCCACUAUUUAUUAUUUCUGUAGUGAGGAUUCACAUUCUUUAGGUAAUUCUUUUGUAACGUAACCGUAGAAAAACGUUAUUUUGAGCUCAAAAAGCAGUAGCAGCAGUGUGCAAAUCAGGGAACCGAAUUAAUGAGUUUUUCACUGAUACGAUUCGGUUCCUAAUCUUAACCAAAAAGAUCCUUUCAAAAGAGCCGUUCGUUCGCGACGCAUAGUAGAGCAAACGUUGACGAAGAAGGAACGGUCCUUCAGUUUACUGGUUAAAUCGGAGGACUCUGUUUUUCAUUUUUCUAUGCCUUCUGCGUGUACCAUCUUCAUCUCCAUUUUCUUCAAUCCUGCCCUUGCAUGACCUGUGCUGUCUAGGCUAGAAGGCGUCGGCUCCCUGUUCUAUUGUGUGUCCCUUGUCACAAUGUCCAAUGAACCUUCAUCUAGAUAUGCUGCUGCAAUAUCAGUGCUUUCCCUCAGUUUACCUGCUGUUAACCCCAACCCAACCCUUACCCUCAGUUCAUCCACUGCCCCCAACCCACCGCUUACCCCUAAACCCUCUCUUAUCCCCAAAUCACAUAUUACCUCCAAAUCCCUUACCCCUAAACCACUAGUUGCCCCUACCCCCAAUCCACCCUUUGCCAUCAAACUACCCACUGCUGCCAGCCCAGCCCCUUUAAAUUCAUAUCCCCCUUCACUUGAGAUUUUGGGAUCAGAUGAUGAGGAACAGGAGAAUCCAUCUGAUUACUGCAUAGGUGGGUACUACCCGGUGGAAAUUGGAGAGAUAUUCAUUGACCGUUACCAGGUGGUGAAGAAGCUGGGAUGGGGCCACUUCUCUACUGUGUGGCUAGGCUGGGACAUGGAGAAGAGGCGUUUCGUGGCUCUGAAGUUGGUAAAGAGUGCACCAACCUUCACAGAGACCGCUUUGGAUGAGAUCAAGCUUCUGAAAUGUGUAAGGGACAGUGAUCCAUCUGACCCUAAACGUGACACUGUUGUGCAGCUUAUUGAUGACUUCAAAGUCUCUGGAGUCAAUGGGGAGCAUGUAUGCAUGGUUCUUGAAGUGCUGGGUCACCAGCUGCUGAAGUGGAUCAUCAAAUCCAACUACACUGGCCUUCCCCUGCCCUGUGUUAAGAGCAUCCUUAGACAGGUUCUUCAGGGCUUAGAUUACUUGCACACUAAAUGCAAGAUUAUCCACACAGACAUCAAGCCAGAGAACAUCCUUUUGAGAGUGGAUGAGGUUUACGUCCAGGAGCUGGCAGCCGACACCAAGCUAUGGGAGCUGCCAGUGUCUUCUGCUCCCACAAGCUGUUCAGCAAACACCAGUCUAAGAGAAAAGCAGAUUGUGUCAAACUUGAUGGGGAAAUUGACGGUGGCUUUCCAGGCUCUUGGGGUUUGGGUAAGAUGGCCUUGGCAUUACUGGGAAGGUCUCCAGGAUCCCGAUGGCCAGGUUGUCGAGGAAGGAGAAGAAACAACAACAGCCGCAGAAGGGCGAGGACACUUUAGUUGGCCGUCAGAAGAGGGAGAAACCUCAUGUGUCAUUCUCUAAUAUCACCACUCCCUGUAGCAUCCCUAAUUCCACCUCGUCCCCUAAGCCUUCAGGUCCUGUGCAUACUACUUGGAGACGGGCCCUGCUGCAUGAAGAAGCAAUGGUCUCUGACAGCAAGGAGUCGGCCUCGUCACCGAUGGAAGAUGCA